UAUUGAGUACUGCAACUGCAACGCCGACAGAGAGAAUAAGUGGUUGUUUGAGAGAUCGUUAACAGAUCCUGGAAAAAUAUUAAAAUAAGUCUUUAAUGUUUUACAAUAAACAAUUCCACAAAAUCGACUGUCCAAUGUGUAUACAGGUUUCAGUGUUAAUCCUUGUGUAAAACAUUUAGCUUAAACAAAAGGACAUCUGCCGUAUUUCAAGGAAAAAACGCAACACACUUAAUGAGGGCAGUUCUCUACCUGCUUAUGUUUGCUAGGUAGUAAACUACAACAUUGUCCUUUAAUUUGUGUGGCGGAGCAUUUGUCGCGAAGGCUUAGUAUUCUACCAGAAGUCGCAAGAUCACCGAGUCGCAACUGUGCCCGGCUUGUUACAAGAAAGUUUAAAACAAAAAAUUCAAAAUAUCAACAAAAACUAGUCAGUAUGGGCAAAACGCAAAUCUGCCGAUUAUGCGUUAGCGAAUGCAGCAAUUUUAAGCCACUCUUUGAUGAUCUAGAGGUCUAUGAAAUCACUGUCAGAUAUUUUGAUCCAAUGUUUUUAAAUCAAAACGAUUUGCGUGUUUUGUGUUAUGAUUGUUGGUGUCACAUUGCCGAUUUCCACAAUUUCCAGCAAACUGUCACAGUGGCGCAAAACAAACUCAUAAAAAAAUCCAAGGUCAUGACUAAGAAUGAAACAUUGCCCCAAAAUGUACACAUAAAGGAUGAGCCACAGGACCAUGAAAUGUUGACAGAUAGCCCAGAUAGUGCUUACGAUGAUAUGCUGUUACCGGAAUUAGUUUUCGGGGAUAAUGAGCCAAUGUCUGGACAGAUGGACAUGUACGAAAAUAACUUUUCAGGCGACCAAUGCACUUUUAACACAGAUAAACCGAGCAAGACUCAAAAGUCGAAAGGAUCUUCAAAAAAUGCUACUUCUAAAAACUGUCCUGGACCCGUUCCUAUAAAAUGCCGAUUCUGUCCCAAAAUUAGUAACAAUUUUGCUUCGUAUCGUAAUCACUUCUGUCAAAAACAUUCAGGAAAAGAAUUUUAUGUCUAUUGCUGUGGACGCAAGUACCAGGUCCGCCAACAGUAUGAGAGUCAUCUAUUUUUAGACCGCGAUUUCACGUACCAGUGCAAGGCUUGUGAAAAACGAUUCGACCUUGAAAUUACUUUGAUACGCCAUACCCGCCAAUGUCAACGAUACAAGCAAGGAAUAGUGGCAAAAAAAGGAGUCCAACAUUUUAAAUGUCAGCAGUGCAGUGAAGUGUUUUUGAAAGAAAAUCUUUUGAGGCAACAUGUUUUUAACUUCCAUGCCGAUCGCAGACAUCAUUGUACUUUGUGUGAAAAGAGCUACACAAAAAGAGACAGUUUGCGCGAACAUAUGGCCAAACAUACCGGCAAUCAUCUAUAUAAAUGUGAUCCUUGUGCCCAGAAGUUUACGUAUCGCUCACAGUGGCGUAAACACAUGCUUAAAUUUCAUCCAAAGAAUUCUCACUAAUCUAAUUACACUUAGUUUUGAUGAAAAUAUUCAUACCAACCAAAAAUAUAUUCAUGUAAAUUGUAACUUCUUAGUUUUGUUGUUGUUUUGGAUUUGAAUUAAAAUUGAAUUAAAAUACACCUAAAACAACAUAUACGAUAAAUAAUACAUACAUUUUGUAAACAUUUCAUUAAUUUCGUUAUAUGAAAUCAAAUGUUAAUUCAAAUUAUAAAUAAAAUCCUAUAAAAUAUUAAA